UUCGCGCUCCAAGCCUCUGGUGAAGGAUGAACAGCCAGGAUCCCUCAAGCCUGCUCUUCAAUUGCUCAAAUCAAUCAAAUCUUUCACUGAAAACUUCAGAGCAAUGUGGCAAAGAAACACAUCUGGAGAACAUCCUUUUUGCCACUUUCUACUUCCUGGACUUCAUCCYGGCCUUUGUGGGCAAUGCCCUGGCUCUCUGGCUCUUCAUGCGGGACCAGAAGUCGGGCACACCUGCCAACAUUUUCCUGAUGCACCUUGCCGUGGCCGACCUGUCCUUCGUGCUGGUACUCCCCACCCGGCUGGUCUACCAUUUUUCAGGUAAUCACUGGCCAUUUGGUGAGAUCCCAUGCAGACUCACAGGCUUCCUUUUCUACCUCAACAUGUAUGCCAGCAUCUACUUCCUCAUGUGCAUCAGCGUCGACCGCUUCCUGGCCAUUGUGCACCCCGUGAAGUCCAUCAAGCUCCGCAGGUCCCUCUAUGCCCACCUGGCCUGUGCCUUUCUCUGGGUUAUAGUCGCUGUUGCGAUGGCACCGCUGCUGGUCAGCGUGCAGACAGUGCAGGUGGACAACACAACAGUGUGCCUACAGCUCUACAGAGAAAAGGCAUCACGCCACGCUCUUGUGUCCUUAGCAGUGGCAUUCACCUUCCCCUUUGUGACUACAGUCACUUGCUACUUGCUCAUCAUCCGAAGCCUGAAGAAUGGCAACAGAGUCGAGAAGCACCUAAAGGAGAAAGCAAUCAAGAUGAUCGUGGUGGUGCUAGUCAUCUUUCUGCUUUGCUUUGUACCUUACCACGUCAAUCGCUGCAUUUACAUCCUCCAUUACGACGGGACCAAGACUUCCUGCGAGACCCAGCGUGUUCUAGCCCUGGGUAACCGUGUUACUUCCUGCCUCACCAGCCUGAAUGGUGCUCUCGACCCAAUCAUGUAUUUUUUUGUAGCAGAGAAAUUCCGUGAGGCUCUGUGCAAUCUGUUUUGUGGUAAAAAGACUGUAAUGGUGCCUCAGACUUAUGAGGGCAAGACAAACGAAAGCUCCCUAAGCGCCAAAUCUGAACUGUGAACAUUAAUUCUCGCCACUGCUUCCACGUAAGAACAUGAUUCCACCAAAACCAGCCAGGAGAGCAGGGAGGCAGCGACACAGACAAGGGACAGCUGACCCAWGGUCAAGCUCAUUUCUGAGGGGGGAAGUUCUGUCGUUUGGGGGGGACGACAGUUAGGAGGAACACCUCUGACAGAGAUCGUGUUUUCUUGUCCUGCUGAAACUGCAAACACAAGUGCGAUCACAGUCCAACUGAUCUCAAAGACAUGACACUGACGGCUGGACUGAGGAACUGGGAAGGAAGCAAAGAGGCRCUUAUAUGGACAGCCUGUUCUUACCAGUAAAAUUCACCCCCUAAAACAUUCAGUAAUGUCUCUGCCUCUGCACGAAGCCUGCUUUCUAAUCUUGCAUYUAUCGAUCCUUGCGCUAUCGAUCCUUUGCUGAGGCAGACCUGCCUGAGCAAACAGCACAGCAGCACUUCUAGUUCUUCUAGGUCAUUCAGCAAACUCCAAGUGCUUAGUCAUAGUAGGCAGCAGAUUGGUGCUAAACUGUGACAGUGAAGAAAAAGAAAUGCAAAAUGCUGCGCUGCAGCAAACCAGGACUGCAAAUAAGAUAGGGGUCACAAUUGCUACACUGUCUGCCAGCACUUUUUGCUGGAGAUGAGCAAUAAAUGUCACACUGGCUUUUAUACCUGUCCUUCGCCCUGGCCCAAAGGCAGACAGAAACAGAACAACAUUUUAGAGCCUUUGUUAUGUAGUUUCCCACAACAUAUUAGAUAUUCUGAGAAAGAAAGAAAGAAUGGAAAAGAGCUGUUCAGGAAUACAGCAUGCAUCUUUACUACUUAGUGAAUCACAAAAUUCUCAACCCAUUAAAAAAAAAAUGCAAGGGUGAAAAUGAACAUACGAAGAAGUGAAACCCAGUUUGCCCAGAAAAAAAUUCCUACCUUUAAGGUAUUUAAUAAUUAUGUAAUUUCUGUGACUUAUUUAGCAAGACUAUAAAUUUGCUGCAGGUAAUGUAUGUUAGACUUAACUAUCCUCACUGAAACAAACUGCAUCCAGUGGAACGCAUCUGAGUGAGAGGGACCCCACAGAAGGAGACCUCAUGAGUCCUAAGAGUUUCCAGUAAUGUUUUAUAGAUCAAUAUUUCCAUGCUACAUAUGUAUGAACAAAWCCCUUUCUAAACAUACUGCUAAAAAAAACAGCCCAACCUGAAAAGUCUUUCUUUCAAAAGAAAAUCUAUUAAGCCCACCUCUAAAAAAUCUAAGGCACAGGAGUUGUACACAAGAUUGAACAGA